AGGCUAAGCCUUUUCCCCCUCUCUUUCUCUCUCUCUCUCUCUCUCUCUCACUCUUUCUUUCCCCUCACACUCUCUCUCUUUCUCUCUCUCUCUCUUUCUCGUGUUGCGCCGUUCUUCUAAAUGGUCUGGCGGUGAGACAAACCCCAUCAGACCAUUCAGACCCCGCUUCCCUUUGUUGUCUUUAUCUCACUCCUCUUGCUGCUUGUUUUGUCUGCCGAUGGCCCUCCUUUGUUUGGGGGUGCCCGAGUGUAAACAGUGACUGUGUGAUUACAGCAGGGCCGAGCGGACGGGAUUCCUCCUCCCUGAGUCGCUGCAGAUGCAGAGAGGAACAGGCUGUCAGGACAAGUCCAGCUGCAGCUUGGGGUGACAGAUGAAGAAAAAUUCUGUUGAGGAACCCGAAGAUCUGACACUCCGAGGACUGGAAAUACUGUCAACGUUGGAAGCUCUCCAAUCUUUGGCCACAUUAUAAAUCUGAUCCACAAGAGCUAUUGCAACAGCUCCUCCCAAAUUACUAACACCAUCACCUCCCAAAAUAUUGUCCCAAAUCCAAGCUUUUGAUUGACACCAAGUCAGCGAGGGCAGGGGCGUAAGGAAGCCAUCCGUAAUGGAGGCCUUAGUCCUCUUUCGGGUGCUUCUCGCCCUGUGGUCUGUCUCAUCUCCUUCCUCGGCUGAGAGUUUGGUGCGGCUCAAUACUGGGAUCCAGGUCAGCAGGGGACAGUCAGUGCAUGUUACAGAGAAGGAGCUGCAGUUCAGCGGCCUGGAUGAGCAGGACACCUGUAAGGUAGAGGUCGUGCUCCAUGAACCCGUGACACAAAGAGUGGGAAAACUCACCCCUCAGGUGUUCAAUUGCCAUUUCCUACCCGAUGAAGUGAAGUACAUCCAUAAUGGCAGCCCUUUGCUGGAGGAGGAUGUUGUGAUGUUGAGAAUAUACAGGUUCACAGAAUCAGAGACCUUCCUAGAGACCCUCUUGCUCCGGGUAAAGGUGGUGGAACCCCAAAACAGUCUCAUCCAGCUGGGGAAUUUGCCGCUGGAGGUCCCCGAGUUCUAUGGCCUGUCCAACAUCAUAGACAGCAGAGUACUGACCUUCCAGAAUCGACCUGACGUGGUAUGCACCGUUCGGCUUCUCACUUCAGAGACCAAAACACCAGCACUGGGACAGCUUGUCAGAGAUGACCCUUCCAAGAUAUCUGCAGCAAAAGAUGUGGAACAGCCAUCUGUACCAAACACAGGGCCUAGAAAAGGAAGGCAAACAGUCCCUUGCCCUGGGAACAAGGCCUGCAUCCAUGCUACUAAGGAAGUGCGUUUCCUGAAGGCAAAUUGUGAUGAAUUCCUGACCUCUGCACUGAAGUACCAGCACCUUAGCCCUCCCUCCCCUGAAAUCGACUACAUUCCUAUCAGAGUGGAGUUACGGGACCACAGCUCCCGGGCACUCUUAGAGGCAAGCAUCACCAUAGAGACAAUAUUAAAGUCACAGAAAUCACAAAGAAUUUUCACCAAAGACUCACUGUGA